GGACUGCGAGGACACAGAAGCAGCCAGGACAAGUUGUCGCGUGUGUGGAGGAGCAUUCGAUUAGAUCUUGUGGAAGGCGCUGGAACGAAGAAAUUGACGGAGAAUAUAAGGACACAGUUCAAAGUUGCGCUUAACUCUGUUUAUUGAAUGCUUUUUAAAAAAUAUUAUUUGAACGGCCCACUCUUUGCGAUACAGAUAGUCACAUUGACGCCGACACGUGUGUGGAAGAUCAAACUCACCACCUCGCUCUGACCCUCUCCUCCCCCUCUUCACCGGGUGAGGAUUGUUUUUUUGCCACACUUCUCAUCGUCGCCAGUGCACUCUUGCAGUAGUCAUGUCCGAGGUCUUUGCGGACCCCGUCCCUGCGCGACCACCCGCGGUCCGGACAGAUGACGACCUCAAAGACAGCCCGGAGAACCGAACUUUGCUGAUGGUGGCGAUGAUUUUGUUGGACUUGAACAAAUGUCGGCCCGACGCCGUGGAGAAGAAGGAGAAGGACAAGCCAGCUGAGAGCAAGAGGAGGGCGGGGGAACCGCAGGAGUCCUCCGAGAAGAGGCACCGCUGCCCAUUUAGCGGCUGCGGCAAGAUGUACGGAAAGUCGUCCCACCUUAAAGCUCACCUGAGGGUCCAUACCGGCGAGCGUCCGUUUGAGUGCAACUGGCCGGCCUGUGGCAAGAAGUUCUCCCGCUCGGACGAGCUGACCCGCCACUACCGCACGCACACUGGCGAGAAGCGCUUCACCUGUCCGCUGUGUGACAAGUGCUUCAUGAGGAGCGACCACUUGACCAAGCACGCCCGCCGCCACGCCGGCUUUCAUCCCAGCAUGCUCCAGGGUGCCGGCUCUGCCAAGAGACGCCGCAGCUCCGUCUCGAUGUCGUCGUCCGACUCCGGAGACCAAAGUCCUCAGGGGGUCUAAAUGGAGGCCAACACACACACACACAUGGACACACCCACUCGUGUGCCGCCCCCAUUCUUGUGGAGGUUUUCUCACUGUUGAACUUCUGUUCCAAUGUGACAGGUAUUUAUAAAAAAAAAAAAAAAAAAUCUUGUCAGGUUGACUUAUUUCCAAUAGAUUUUUUAUUAUUAGUGUUUUUUUUCUAAACAAACAAUAUAACAUCAGGCUGUGCAAUGGAAUCGUGGUUAUUCGUCUGCCUUGUAGUUCUGAGGUUCUGGCUUCGAAUCUUGUGUGGGGUUAGCAUGGCUCACAUCCCACAUUCCAAAAAUAAGCAUAUUAGGUUCGUGACAUUCUCUAAAUUGUCCCAAAGGUGAGAAUGUGAAUGAUUAUUUGUGAUAUUAUAUACCGUACUCUAAUUUUAUAUACCAUUGUUAGCAACACUAUGUUUAGUCUGUAAACACGUGUCAGCCUCACUUCAUGACUGAAUAGAAACGAAUAUUAAACACGUUUAUACGGUAAGGAUAAUGCGUAUGUACAAUAGAGCAGUAUUACUAUGUACAUAGAGGGUAGAUGGAUUAUUUAGCCUUUAGUUAUUAGCGAGAAAUGAGACAAUUAUUAUGUAGAUUAGAAUUUAGCCGAUUACAAAGUUACUUCAUAUGAAGAAACGUGAAAUAUGCAUAAACCUGCCUAAUCAAUGCUUGAAGAAUACCUUGACGAGACUUAGCUAACGCAAACUUCGUGCCAAAUGUUAAGUUCAUCAGACAUGACGAGCAAACUUGUCUUCUUCACUUGAGGACUGUGCCUUGUGGAGGCCCGCCCCCUCCUCGCUACGAACAAAACGAAUAAUUAUCAUCGUUAAGUUGUUCACACUAAUAUUCAGCAAUGUCGAGUGAAUAUUAAGUGACUUGUCUGUCUCAAGACCAACAGUGCCAGCCAGGCGCUGUACACUUAACUUCUUUUGUCAGCAUGUUGUACUUAAUCAGGGAUGUUUCCAUGAACAUUUUGCACCUCCUAGUGGUGAUGUUGAAGCACAACAUGUCACUUUUGUAUCUGCUGGGACUCUUGAGUUCAGAAAUCAAUUCCAUCUUGUAGCAUAUGUCUUUGUAUUUAUUGGGGACACUGUGUUUUUCAUGUUCAUAUUUUUAUGUCAUUAAUGAGGCCGCGAGGGGGCUCCAAUCCACUACACGAGCCAUCAAUGUUUUUGUUUUGGUUUUUUUUGUAAAGCAAUGCUUAGAGUUAAGAUUUCUUUUCCUGUUUUUUGACAGCUGUGAUUCUGUGUUGGUGCCUUUCAGGUUGAAGCCUUUAUGAUGCUACUGCAAUGUAAUGAGGGUCAUUGCAGACCCUGUAUUAAUGCAUUAGCCAUAGCAAUGUAAUAAUUAAGGCGCCGACAUUUUAACAUUAAAAAGAAUGUGCUUUCUAA